UGAAAAAUCGUAAUGGUGGUGGCAGUUAGUGGUUGUGUUGUUGGAUUUGGAUUGAAUUUAAAUUUCUAAAGAAAAAUUGAUCAUCCAUUUUAAACUUCUAAGAUGGGAAAACGUAAAAAUCAAGCUUUAAUUGACAGUGAUUCAAGUAAUGAUUCAACUAGCGAUUUAGAUUCUGAAUUUUUGAAUUUGGCUAAGAAAAAGAAUAAGAAGAAGAAGUCACCAAGAUCUAACUCAGAUUCAGAAUAUGAGAGUAAAUCUGAUAGUGAUGACGGUAGAAAUAACAAGAAAGCUAAACGGGAUGAGUCUUCGGACUCUGAAUACGAAAAGAAGGACGAUACAAAAAAUACCUCAGAGCCUGAAGAAGGUGAAGUAUCAGAUUCAUCAAUAUCAGAUGAGGAAUACAAUGAUGGAUAUGAUGAUCAACUUAUGGGUGAUGAAGAAGAUAGAGCCCGGCUAGCUAGUUUGACAGAAAAAGAAAGAGAAACAGAAAUUUUCAAAAGAAUCGAACAACGAGAAUUAAUGAAAACACGAUUUGAAAUUGAGAAAAAGUUGAGGCAAGCAAAGAAAGCAGAAAGGGCAAGGGAGAAGCCACACAAGCACAAAGACAAAGAAAAGAACAGGGACCAUAGUAAACUUCAGACAGAUUUCAGUUCAAUAGAUCAUAAAGAACGUAGCAAAGAAAGGAAGAAAAAUAUUGAGGAAAAUCGUGGCAAAGUUGACAAACGUGUCAACGCCAUGGCCGAACUGAAAGCGAGAAGAGAAGAUAAGCAAAAACGAGAAGAAGCUGAAGAAAAACGUAAGGAAGAACAGAGGAAAAAAGAAGAGGAAGAUGCUCUGCACACAAACAAAAGCGCUGUAAAACUAAAAGCUUCAGAUAUUUAUUCAGAUGACAGUGAAAGUGAAGGAGGUAAAAGUUCACCUCAGCCACCAAGACAAUCUGCGGGGUCUGCCAGAUCUCGUUCUUCAUCUAGUUCAAGUUCGAGUGAUAAUGAACAAGAAGAAGAGGAAAAACCGGCUUAUGUACCUACAAAACUUGAUAUGAAUAAUAUUCGGUUAUCAAGGCACAAAUUAGAAAGAUUUGUACAUAUGCCGUUCUUCGAUCGUAUUGUUAAAGGAUGUUACGUAAAAAUUGGUAUUGGGCAACAUAAUAAUAUGCCCGUCUAUCGGGUAGCCGAAGUAAUAAAUGUAUAUGAAACUGCCAAGAUUUACAAUUUGGGCAAUACCAGAACAAACAAGGGUUUACGAGUACGACAUGGAAAUCAGGAGCGAGUUUUUCGACUAGAAUUUGUAUCCAAUCAAGAGUUCACAGAGACUGAGUAUCACAAGUGGAUAGAGGCCAGUACGGCUGCUGGUAAUGCCUUACCAACAAAAGACCAUGUUCAACAGAAACAAGCAGACAUAAAGGAAGCCUUAAAUUAUGAAUUUAACGAACAAGAUAUUGAACGAAUCAUACGAGAAAAAGAGAGGUUCAAGCCGAAUCCUCAUAAUUAUGCUAUGCGCAAAACUCAACUGAUGAAAGAAAGAGACUCAGCCCUGGCUCGCGGAGACGAAGAUUUGGCUAGAGAACUAACCCAAAGGAUCUCUGAUUUAGAAGAAAGAGCUUCAGAAUUGGACAAAAUGAGGACAUCGACAAUUUCAAGUAUCUCAUACAUCAACGACCGAAACAGAAAGAGGAACGUGGAAGAAGCCGAAAAGGCGAUUAUGGCUGAGGUUAAGGCAAAUAAAGGCAAAAAGAUUGAUGAUCCGUUUACUAGACGUUCAACAAAACCAAGAAUGAAUUUCAAAGCAGCUCCAGAAGAGAAAGCGGAAGUGGUGGUUGAGAAAAAGCCAGAGAAGGUCGCGGUGGAAGUGGAAAACCCGAAAGUACCAACUCAACCCGCUCAAGUUACUCAGGAUGAUCUUUUUUCUGCCCAUGACUUUGAUAUUAAAAUUGAUUUAGAUGUUCCUCUGCCAGUGGCUAGCGUAAAUGUUACACCCAAAACAGUAACAAAGGACCUUGCACCCAGACGAAGCUUGAACUUGCAGGAUUAUAAGAAGAAGAGAGGACUUAUAUAGUAUUUAUUAAUUUAUUAUAUUUUUAAGGACAGAAUAAAUUUUAGACCUUAAAUGUUAUACUUAAAUAUUUUUUAUUAUUAAUUACAUUUUGUUUCGAUCUAGUUGGAAACGCGUUGUAUUAUUUUACAAUGAUUCUUAAGGAAUGAAUUAAUUCUGUACUUUAGUAGCCUGUUGUUAGAUCUGUUUGUAAUUACGAAUUAUUUCACAGAUUUGAAAUAAUAGACAAACAAGGAAU